GCCAGGCUGGACCGUGAGAGUUUUCCAGGUUGGCGAUUCAUCAAUGGGCAACCAAUCUGCCGGAAACCAGCAGACUCAGGUUUGGGCAUAGCGCGGAGACCUGACCAUGUUCCCACUGGCGAUAUUCCUUUUUGGAGAUCGCCCGCCCAAUUUCCCUUGCACACGAGCUCCUCAUGACUCGAUCCAAUUGACUUCGGCAUACGUUCAUAAUCAGAUCUCCAAUUGCAAUAAGUAGAAGCAGCCACUAAGCAGAAUACACAUGUACCUUCGGUAGGCGCAGGAUUUGUGCUUGUAUCCCGCUACCCAUCAAAGAAAGGGUUGUCCGCCGCUAAACUUGUGGUAGAUGCCUUGGACAUGAUCUACGCAAUCACGUCAAGGCUCGUCAUUUCCGUCCAGGAACCGCUUCCUGAUCGUUCUAAGAUAAUCUCAAUGAUGAUGGAGGAUAGAGUGCAGAGAAAUUGCCAUGUUUCAGAGAUGCACGCUGCGUGGACGGAUGGGACAUGCCGAGUGCUCUUCCUACCCCGUUCAUGUGACCGGCUAUGCCUGCAUGGCUUUUGUCGGCGGUGAUGUUCUGCGUUCCCUGUCAGAAACUGAUGUUGGCCUGUCAGCAUCAGACAAUAACCAUGCAUACGCCACACAAGGAUGACCUGAGUCAGUGGAGAGGUCACAUAAACUCAAACGCACGACUCG